UAAUGCGAAACAAUUGACACUAACAUACAGGCUUGUAUGUUUACCUUGCGAUACCAAUGUUUGGCACCCGUGUUUUGCGUAAACGCUGGGUGUUAGGUGUCAUUUUCCUCGGAUCGUUGAUAUAUUUUCUUGCUGCAACAUUUUCAAAGUCUGACGAUCUAGUGUUGGAGGAGUACAAAGUUAGGAAAACCCAGCGUCAACCAUUCCAGUGGCAAGCCAAGAUACCAGAUGAACCUGAGACUAAUAACCGCACACGUCAUAUACAUUGUCGUAAUUCUGUCCAGGGGAAACACCUUUUAGUAGAUGAACGAGGGUAUGUCUGUGAGAGGAGACAUAUAGGCCCAGGAUCCUGCUGUGAUAUUCGAGGCUCAUCCACACGCCGAUACCAGUGUGAGAGUUGUCUGUCCAAUGGUUGCUGUACAGUGUAUGAAUUCUGUGUCUCCUGCUGUCUUCAACCAGAUAAAAAAACUUUAUUGAGGAGAAUAUUGCGAGAGGCCAGCAACGAGCCAUUUAACUUAUUUUCACUUGUGUCAGAUCACUUUGAAUUGUGUUUAGCCAAGUGUCGUACAUCAUCCCAGAGUGUGCAACAUGAAAAUUCCUACAGAGAUCCCAAAGCAAAAUUCUGUUUCGGAGAAAAUCCUCCAGAUCUUCAGGCCGUUGUUAACUGAGGUGGGCUCAGGAUAGACACCUAGGACAGAUGACGUGUAUAUAGUU